UAUACAUACACACUAUAUUGCCAAAAGUAUUGGGACACCCCUCCAAAUCAUUGGAUUCAGGUGUUCCAAUCACCUCCAUGGCCACAGGUGUAUAAAAUCAAGCACCUAGGCAUGCAGACUGCUUCUACAAACAUUUGUGAAAGAAUGGGUCACUCUCAGGAGCUCACUGAAUUCAAGCGUGGUACCGUGAUAGGUUGCCACCUGUGUAAUAAAUCCAUCUGUGACAUUUCUUUGCUACUAAAUAUUCCACAGUCAACUGUUAGUGGUAUUAGAACAAAGUGGAAGCAACUGGGAACAGCAGCAACUCAGCCAUGAGGUGGUAGGCCAGGUAAAAAGACAGCGGGGUCAGAGCAUGCUGAAGCGCACAUUGCGCAGACAACGCCAACUGUCUGCAGAGUCAAUAGCUAAAGACCUCCAAACUUUGUGUGGCCUGCAGAUUAGCACUACAACAGUGCGUAGAGAGCUUCAUGGAAUGGGUUUUUCUAUGGCCGAGCAGCUGCAUCCAAGCCUUAUAUAACCAAGUGCAAUGCAAAGCGUCGGAUGCAGUGGUGUAAAGCAGGCCACCACUGG